GAGUCCUGGAGUUCCGAUUCGGACAGUCCGCGCGUGGGCGGGCUCCGGCGUGGCUUGAGGCUUGCCGCGCCCGCCCGCCCGUCUGCCUUCGAAAGCGCGUCUGGCUUGGGGAGGCCCCGGGAGCCCCCGCCGGGGACCGUGGGAGCCGGGGCCGGGCCCCAGGGCGGCGGGCCUCGCAGCCCCGGUGGGGAGCCGCGCACCGGACGCAACCCUCGUGCGGUGGGUUGGCGCCUCCCGCCCCCGCCCCCGCCCUUCCCCAGCCGGGCCUGGAAGGCAGCGCUCCCCCUCAGCCGCCACGAGGAUGCUCUCACCGGACGGAGAACCGAGGAGGCCUCACGACAGGUGUCGCAGAGGUUCGUGCGGGGAGGACGUUCCCACGGCCUUGUGCAUCCGGGGCCCAGCCCGCAGUCGGCCCCCAGGUAUUUGCCGGAUGGACGCAGGCCCUGCCACCUCUCCUGUGCCUCUUGGAGCUGCCUGCGGAGAAGGGGGCCGGUCUGAGAGCCAGCCCCUGCGCCGCUCGCUGGCUGUGUGUCUUUGGGUAAACCUCUCACCGUCUCUGUGCCUAACCCUCUGGUAAAGUGGAAGUACCCUUGACCCGUGAACUAUGCGGGGUUGCAUCCUGUGGGUCCACUUCUGUGUGGAUUGCUUUUUUUUUUUUUUUUUAAGAUUUUAGUAUUUAUUCAUGAGACCCAGAGAGAGAGAGAGGCAGAGACACAGGCAGAGGGAGAAGCAGGCUCCAUGGCAGGGAGCCCGACGUGGGACUCGAUCCCAGGACCCCGGAUCACGACCUGAGCAGAAGGCAGCGCCAAACCGCUGAGCCACCCCGGCUGCCCGGGUUGUUGAAAAUAAAUACAUUGGAAGGAAGAUAUUUUGGAGAUUUGCAGCAAUUUGAAAAACCCGCCAGACCAACGGCAUAGCCUAGAAACACUAUAAAAAUAAGAAGCAAGCUAGGUAUGUCACAAGUGCCUAGAAUACAUGUAGAUACUAGUUUGUUAUUUGCUGCCAUACAGUAUGCACAAGUUUGUUAUAAAAAGUUCAUCAAAACGCACAGAGACCCUUACAGACUGUGCACGGCAUCACUCACAGUCGAGGAAAACAAACAGAUGCAGUCAUAAAUACUGACCGCAUAAAAUUAAACGACAGGACGCCCCGUUCUACUGUAAUAAUCCCACAGCCACCCCCUGUUGGUGAUCUCAGGUGUGGUAUGAGCUUAAAACGGUGUGCGCUGCUCAUCGUCUCCACGCAAGCAGUUUGUCGCCAAUUUGAAUGGCAGAAGUGAUCCUGUGGUUCUCGCGUAUUUUUCAUGGUGUUUAGUGCAAUACCGUAAACCUUGAAUAACACCAUGGACCCACACGAAACGCCGCUCAUGAUUCCGGAAGUGCUCCCAAGAAGCAGAGAAAAGUCAUGACGUUACAAGCAAAAGUCAAAUUGCUCGAUAUGUACAGUAAAUUAAAGUCUGCGGCUGCUGUUGCCCAUCAUUUCAAGAUAAACGAAUCCAGCGUAGAGGCCAUUGUCAAAAAAGAAGAGGAAGUCCGGGAAACCGUCGAGAAAGCCACGACCGCAGGCACAAAAACCUUGCACUUUUUGCGAGACGCUUUUUUAUCUUGUACUGAAAAUGUUGCUUUUAUGUGGGUGCAGGAUUGCUAUGAGAAAGGCAUCCCUAUACUCUAAUAUGAUUCAAGAGAAAGCGUAGUCGCUGUAUGACAACUUAAAGCAAGAGGAAAGUGAGGGAACUAAAGCUGGAGAGUUUAAUGCCAGCAAAGGAUGGUUUGAUAAUUUUAGAAAGAAGUUUGGCUUAAAAAAUGUCCGGGAGCGGGAGAAGCAGCUUCUGCCAACCAAGAGACCACCAAUGAGUUCCCACCUCAAGAACCCAUAGACACCACGCCAGAGGGAUUCACCCCGGGCGCCUUGGUGGAGAUGAGAGCUUGUGGACCAGGGCCAGGUGAGGGGGGUGUAGAAGACGCAGGGGCGGAAAACAAGUUGACACCAGAAAACCUGGCAGAAGGGUUUCGAUUAUUCAAGACAGCUUUCGACUUCUUUUCUGACAUGGACCUUUCUGUGAUAUGGGCACUGAGACUAAAGCAGGUGGUGGAAGGGGGAUUGGUAUCCUGUAGAAUCAUCUUCAGAGAAAUGAAAAAGCAGAAAAGUCAGACGAGAUUACAAUAUAUUUCUGUAAAGUUACCCCAAGCGUGCCUGCCUCUCCUGCCUGCCCCUUCAGCCUCCUCCACCUGUCCCACCCCUGUGACCCCAGGGCCAGCCCCUCUGCCUCCUGGUCCUCAGCCUACUCAGCGGGGAGAUGGUGAGGAGGAUGAAGGCCUUCCCGCUGAUCCACUUCCACGUAGCUGCCCUCCUCCGAGCUGUGCCACGGUUGCCAGGCCCAGCAGCUGCAUGGCGAAGGCCUAUCUGCGGGCUGUGGUGCCGCACCGGGCAGGAUCCUGGGAGGUGGCUGGGGAGCAGGGCCCCCACCCUGAAGGAGAAGGCAGCAGGCACGGAGGCAGAGAAAUUCCAGAUCAUCUACCGGUUUGAUGCUAUCAGAACCUUUGGGUACUUGUCCCGGCUGAAGGUGGCACAGACGGCGCUGACGCUGCUAGCCCUGCCGCCUGGCUUCUACUGGUACUCGCACGGCCUCAUGACCCUCAGCUCCCUGUACUUUGCGGGCGGGAUAGCUGGCUUCGCCCUGGCCAUGCUCUGCUGGAUGAGCCAUUUCUUCCGGAGGCUGGUGGGCAUCCUGUAUGUGAACGAGGCGUGCACCAUGCUGCGGGUGGCCCACCUGACCUUCUGGGGCCGGCGGCAGGACACGGACUGGCCCGUGGCUGAUGUGGUGCCCAUGACAGAGACCAGCGACCGGCCCCAGGAGCUGUUUAUGCGUAUCCAGCAGUACAGUGGGAAGCAGACCUUCUAUCUCACUCUGCGCUACGGACGUGUCUUGGACAGAGAACGUUUCACACGGGUGUUUGGGACACUGGACACCCCCAAAUGAGCUGCCCGGAUCUCCGGCAGGACGGCUGAGGGUGUGGGUGAGGCCGAAGAACGGGGUCAGGCAGCUGAAGGCUUUGCCAGGGCCUCCAGGGCCUUGUUUCUGGGAUGCGGAGGUUCAUGGGGCAGGAACGAGUAGUCGGGUUUAUGAGAGGUCCUUAGUGCAAAUUCAUCCCACGCUUGCCUGGGACAUGGAGCCAGGUCAUGGGAGAAGUUUCUGCUAACGGCCAGUUCUUGCAGGAAGCGGUGUGGGUUCAUGCAGUGAACCAGAAGGCGGGGAGGUGAGGCGGGGGCCCGGAGGUUGGGUGUGAGAACACUUGGGUGCUGUGAUCCCUCAUCCCCCUGUCCCGGGGCAGGCUGUCGAGUCUGCAUCCUUGAAAGGGAAAGGCUGCCUGUCUCACGGGCUGGGAGUGAGAGUACAGUCACUGUCAAGGUCGGUGUGGUGCCAGGCUUCCAGGCUGCUGGUGGGGAUUUCCCCUCAGGGCUGGGAAGGAACUGCCGAGAUGGUGACCACACAGCCCCUGGGAUGGGUGUCACCCUGUGAGCACCCCCCCCCCCACGCCUGGGGGCCCUCCUGUCGCAGGGCUUUGUUAUAAACUGCAGCUUAUUGUAUGCGCUGCCCUUCCCUGCAGUCACUCCUAGUGUUUGUUAUGCUCUCUGACGGAAUAAAGCAGAAGGAGGACCUGAUCUUUAUACUUCGGCCACCCAGAAGUCAGUAACUAAAUGUUUUGUUGUGUGGACGGACUUCCAGGCUUUUUUUAUUGUGGUAAAAUAUGCGUAACGUAAAUGUAUCUAUUCCCCGUAACCGCCUUUCAGCAUAAGGUUCAGUGGCGUUAAAGUACAUAACAAUG